AUGGUUGGAGAGCCGGUUCUGUUGAAGGUUUCGCCCAUGAAGGGUGUGAUAAGAUUUGGGAAGAAGGGCAAGCUCAGUCCUAGAUUCAUUGGUCCAUUUGAUAUUCUUCGUCGUAUGGGAGAAGUAGCUUAUGAGUUGGCAUUACCUCCAGGCUUGUUGGGUGUUCACCCGGUGUUUCAUGUAUCUAUGCUGAAGAAAUAUCAUUCAGACAGUUCUUAUAUCAUUCAGUGGGAUUCGGUUCUAUUUGAUCAGAAUUUGUCUUAUAAGGAGGAGUCGAUAGCCAUCUUGGAUGGAGAGGUUCAAAAGUUGAGGCCGAAGAAAAUAGCUUCAGUGAAGGUUUAG